AUGGGGUGGUGGCAGGUUCUCGGCACGGCCGUGCUCGUGGCGGCGGCGUGCUGCUCCCGCGGCGUGCGCGGCGAGGACGCCGACGAAGUCAGGGCGUCUGUCGUCGGCUUCCUGCGCACGCUCGCCGGAGGCGACGGCGACCGGGCUGUGCAGGAGCUCGGGUGGAACGCGUCCGUCGCGCCGUGCGGCCCGCCGGCGCCGUGGCUCGGUGUCCACUGCACCGGAGACGGCCGGAUCGAGAAGAUAGUGCUCGAGGGCUGGGGCUUGAGCGGCACCAUCAACGCGACGAUGCUCUGCGCCGCGCGCGCGCUCCGCGUGCUGAGCCUCCAAGACAACGCGCUGCACGGCGGCCUCCCCGCCGACAUCUCGGGCUGCUCCGGCCUGACGCAUAUCUACGUCGGCGCCAACCGGCUCUCCGGCAGCCUGCCGCCUUCGCUCGUCCGGCUCACCCACCUCCAUGUGCUCAACGUCUCCAAGAACGACUUCUCCGGCGAGAUCCCCGCGGGGCUCAGCAAGCUCGGCCUCGCGAGAUUCUGCGGGAACGACAACCAUUUCAACGGCACCAUCCCGGAGUUCGAGCUGUCCAGGUUCGAGGACUUCAGCGUCGCGAACAACAACCUCACUGGGUCGAUUCCCAGGGACGUCGGCAUCUUCGGCAACGACAGCUUCUCGGGCAACUCCGACGGCAUGUGCGGCCAGCCGAGCUUCGCGCCGUGUCCAACAAGCUCCGGUGAGAACGACGGGAAGAGAAGAGGAGUGCACACGAUCGUCAUGUGUCUCGGCUACGUCCUCUUCGGCGCCGGCACAGCGGCCUUCGUCUUGUACAUGCUCUGCUCCAAGAAGAGGAGGCACAAGCUGGGGCGGAAGCCCGGGGGCGCCGGCGGCAAGGGUGCGUUCAGCAGCAGCAAGGCGACGACGACGCACACGCCGUCCGCCACACCCAGCAAGUCGGCCUACUCCCUGCCGAUGUCGGAGGAGCGGAGCGCCACGGCGACGGCAGCGGCGGCGGCGGCGCGCGCACCGUCGGCGUCCCUGGUGGUGCUGCAGCGCUCGGCCACGGCCACGGCCGCAGCGACGCCGCCGUCGGCGGCGGCGGUGGCGGCGAAGAGCCUGCGGUUCGAGGACCUGCUCAAGUCGCCGGCGGAGCUGCUGGGGCGCGGCAGGUUCGGGAGCGCGUACAAGGUGGUGGUGCCCGGCGGGGCGGCGCUCGCGGUGAAGCGGGUGAAGGACGCGGCGGUGGGGGAGGAGGAGGAGGAGGAGUUCCGGCGGCGUAUGGAGCGCGUCGGGAAGGCGAGACACCCGGCCGUGCUGCCGCCGCUGGCGUUCUACUGCGCCAUGCAGGAGAAGCUGGUGGUGUACGAGUUCCAGAGCAAUGGCAGCCUCGCCAAGCUUCUCCAUGGAUCUGUGGAGAGCAGCCGGACUGCACUGGACUGGCCGGCGCGCCUCCACAUCGCCGCCAAGAUCGCCGACGGCAUGGCGUUCAUGCACGACGCCCUGCGCGGCGACGGCGCGAACGCGAACUUGUCAUUCUCGGAGGAGGACGAGGCCUCCGCGUUCGACGGCGGCGCCGUCGCGCACGGCAACCUCAAGGCCUCCAACGUCCUCUUCACGGCCGCCAUGGAGCCUCGCAUCAGCGAGUACGGCGUCACCGCGCCGCCGCAGUCGUCCGCGCCGUCUGACGCCGCUGCCCUCAACGCGGACGUGCGCGCGUACGGCGUGCUGCUGCUGGAGCUGCUCACCGGGAAGGCCACGGCUGACGGCGCCGAGCUGGCGCGGUGGGUGACGUCCGUCAUCCGGGAGGAGUGGACGGCCGAGGUGUUCGACCGCGUCAUGCUCUCCGCAGGCGGCGCCGGCGACGACGUCGCCAGCGAGCAGCGGAUGGUUCGUCUUCUGCAGAUCGCCAUGAGGUGCGUCGACGCCUCGUCGCCGCCACCGACCAUGAGAGAGGUCGCCGGAAUGGUGAACGCCAUCUGCGAGGAGGACGGCAGGUCGGUCUCCUCGGAAGCCCGAGCGCGACACGGACGAACACCAAGGAACUGAGCAGAAUUUGCAGUGCAAAAAUUACCUGCGGAACUUUUAAAAACCUCUCAAACUCUCGUUUCUACUACAUAAUUAAUCAUGUUUAAUUAUUGCAACUAUAUAAUUAAUCAAUUUCAAUUAGUAUUUAAAAGAACUUUUAAUUAUUGCUACUUCAUAUUAAUUUUCUGUAAUAUUUGACAAUUGCAUUCUGCUUAAAGCCUUAAC